CUCAAUCAUCGCUCUGGGAAAGUGGUAAAAAAGCCUCAGGGUUGGUAUAUACACGCGAAAAAGAGGUGUCUGUGCUAUAAACCGACUCUGAGAUACGAUCAUCCACGUUGACUGCAAGCCGCAAUGGUCGGUGUACCGACAAGCAAAGGAUGUCGCUUAUGUCUCCAGCGAAGCGUCAAGUGUGAUGAAGAAAGGCCAAGCUGUGCCCAGUGCCGAAGAGGCGGGCGGACUUGUCCAGGCUAUGUACGACAGAUGAAGUUUGUUGAUGAAGGGCCUAAAGUCCGACGCUCAAGACGCAAAGCUCAGGCCUCCGUGACCCCAUCAACAGAUAGAACGUCUAAGUUGAUAGCCCGGCAUAGUAGAGAUCUGCUUCAUUUCCAAGAAACAAGCCCUGAUGUUAGUCUGAACCAACCAAGCAGCUUCAAGGCAGAGCGCGACCAAAUCCUCUCUUCCUUCGUGUCAGCCAUGUUUCCGCUUGGCUCCUCGACAGCACAAAUCUCAUUUCUCGGCAGCUGGUUAUGGCAUCUCCCACCUCGUCUUGGUAGCAGUGCAGCCUUGGACCAUGCUGCCUUGUCGUUAGCAUGGGCAUAUUUCGCAAAGCUGUAUGGAGAUCCCAUCGCACUGCGGAAUGCAGAGAUCUCGUAUUUGCGUGCCGUGAAAAGUCUGGCUGCCGCUCUUGAUGAUGACAAAGAGCAGCUUAGUUCAAAUGUGCUCUGUGCGACUGUUCUCCUUGGGCACUUUGAGGUAUUUGCCUAUGUUCGUUAUGCGUGGAUAAGGCAUGCUGGCGGCGCUGCCCGCCUCAUGGAGCUUCGGGGUUCUCAGCGGUGUUACGAGUCUGCGUUCGAGUACUCAAUGUUUCUCGCAUGUCGCGGCGCAAUUAUUUCUGAAGCUUUGACCUCUGGGAAGCCUUGCAUUUUGGAGUCAGAAGGCUGGCAGAACGUUCCAGACGGCCUGAUCGAGUUUCCUCUGUUGCCAGCAUCACCCGAUAUGUACCAUCGGAUCUUCGGCUACUUUGCACUUGUUCCAGGGCUACAGAGUCGGAUGACUCUUUGUGACAGGGCUAUUUCUGAUGAAAGUCGAAACGCUCUCCUUUUAACGGCACGACAGCUUCAGCGAGACAUGCAGCAGUGGUAUUAUGAGUAUAUCUCUCAAGAUAACAAAUUGAGAGAACCUCGUGGUGUAUCCCCAGUAUCAGAGGGCUACCCGUUCCAUUCACGUUACGAAUACCACGAUGUCAUGUCAGCCACCAUUAUUGUUGCAUGUUAUGCAUAUCUGAUCGUUCUCGAUCAAUCAAUCGCUCUCUUGGAUACUUGCGAUAGAGAUGGCUCGGAGAACCAAGGCCUCGCAACCGUAAUCUGUAUGUCUGUGGAUUACUGCCUGCACGCCGGAUACUGCGGAACACAGACAAUGAGGUUUGCGCUACCCAUUGCUCACUCGGCAUUACCUCGCCACUAUCAUCAAUGGACCAAGAAAUGGAUGGAAAAGUUCGACGCAAUAAUGGAGGCUACAAUGAUUCAGCCACUGUACUCUUGAUCCAUCUAUAUACACUCUAUGAUAACAGCAUUUCACA